UAUGGAAACUCACAAAUUCUCUCUCUAAAAAAAACAAAAAAAAACAAGAUUUGUUGUGUAUGAUCGUAGACAUCAAUAUUCUUUCGUGAAAAGAUAGGUGUAUAGAGAAGAGACGGCAUGAUUAUCAGCUCAAUCAGAAAAAGCGAUUUGCUUUAGAAAGGAAAUAAAGCUGAGUUCUUCUUCUUCUUUCUUCUGCGCCCAAUAAAGCCAUCGAUCGCGGACCGAAAACUUGCAUGGACAAGGUUUUCGACUGACUCAUUAGAUCAAACGGACGGAGGGAGGAGAGCAAUAAUAAUAAUAAUCUAUUUUGACCAUCAUCGAGAGAGAGAGAAAGAUAGAAUCAUGGCAGUUGUUGAGAAUGCUGCGAUCAAUGUUGUCCCAUCUAAUCGGACCGAAUCGAACGAUCAAAAUUUUCAGAUGAAGAUGGUUCCGACGCCGGCGGUUUCAGGUCAGCCAAACAUCGGGAAUACCCAGAACAACCCUCAGAUGGGUCUAGUUCAGAACGUAAUCAACAACAAUGGUUCCACUCAGAGUCAUCAGAUAGUGGCGAAUGGUGUAGAUGAUGGCGGCGAGGGUUUUAAGAGAGAAAUGAGGGAUUUGGAAGAGAUGUUGUCUAAGCUGAAUCCGAUGGCUAAGGAGUUUGUUCCUCCUUCACUGACAAAUUAUGGAGGUCUCGUUCCUUCUUCUGUUCAUCUCGCGUAUGCUAACAAUUUCCUAAUUCAACCUAACACUAUCAUUGCCGGUGGAAAUGAUGUUAGACGGAAGAAGAAUAACUAUGCUAAUGGAAGACAAAGGCUGAACAACCGGACCAGUAUGGCCCAAAGAGAAGAAGUUAUCAGAAAGACUGUUUAUGUAUCCGAUAUUGAUCAUCAGGUUACUGAAGAACAGCUUGCUACACUUUUCCAAGGCUGUGGACAGGUUGUGGACUGUCGUGUUUGUGGUGAUCCUAAUUCUGUUUUACGAUUUGCAUUUGUGGAGUUUACUGAUGAAGAAGGUGCAAGGAAUGCUUUGAGUCUGGGGGGAACUAUGCUUGGAUAUUACCCGGUCAAGGUUCUUCCAUCCAAAACUGCAAUUGCUCCUGUUAACCAUACCUAUUUGCCCAGGUCUGAAGAUGAACGAGAGAUGUGUGCAAGGACUGUUUACUGUACAAACAUCGAUAAGAAGGUUACUCAAGCAGAUGUGAAACUCUUUUUUGAGACUCUUUGUGGAGAGGUUCAGCGUUUGAGGUUACUUGGAGAUUAUCAGCAUUCAACUCGCAUUGCGUUUGUAGAGUUUUUCAUGGCUCAAAGUGCUAUUGCAGCUCUGAAUUGUAGCGGUGCUGUUCUUGGAUCAUUGCCCAUAAGGGUUAGUCCAUCAAAGACACCAGUGAGGCCCCGUGCUCCCCGCCCAACAAUGCAGUGAGGUUUCUCCAUAAAUAUAUAUAUAUAUGCAUAGUUGGUGAUCGAUACACGUAAACUCACGACAACUUUUAUGUUUAUUGUUGUGUAAGUUAUGCAUAUUAUUAUUAUUAUUAUUCCGGUAUCGUUGUUGACUAGUAUAGUAUCUAUACAAACAAGCAGGUCUUAGCAUAUUAUGCUGUUGUUAUUGUUGUUCAAGGAUGAUGGAUAUAGAGGGAGUUAUCUCCUAGACUAUGUAUGGCUUUCUGGCUGCCUUAAGUUUAUAUUUUAAUUUGGAUUA